AUGGCGGUUUCAAUGUCUCUGACGAGGGUUCAGUUGAAGCAGCUUGCCCCGGAAGUCUACGACUUUUGGUGCCAGCAGCAGGGCAAGUCAGAGGAUCAGUUGAACGAAGUCCACGACGUGCAUUGGGUGCACAUUGCCAGAAAGGCGAGCGACUUUGUGGACUGGCCGAUUUGGGCCGUCUACCUCUUCAUUCCACGUCCGUUUGGUGUGUGCUUGCUUCACAACCACAGGAACGGAGGGGGCUGCUUCCGGCUCCAGGAGUCGAGUUGCGAUCAGCUUCAUGUGUGCCUCUACUGCGCAUGCGUCGGCACGCGUCGCCCAACGCCGCAGCAGCCUGGCCAUGCCAUGUUUCUGCAGAACAACCGAUGCCCUCGCAUCUUGCAGUACGAGUCGGAGAUGGAGCAGUUGAUGAGGAGGUUUGGCAAGACGGAAGCUGAGAUGGUGCAAGCCAUCCAGCACUGUGUUGGUGCAGCAUCUUGGUGGAGGGUCUUUCGACCACGCCUCAGGGCGGCGGCGGAUCGCCAGCACGUGCUGCCAGAUUCCUUGUCCGUCACCAAUCGAGUGAAGCUGUCGGAAUUGCGUGUGAAGUACAAGGUGUCUCAGAAGCAGCGGAAGCGUACUAGAGCACUUGCCACGAAGCGCCUACAAGACGGAACGUCUGAGGAAACAGUUGCAACGCCUGAACAAGCUGAGCCUGAAACGGAACGCGAGAACGGCAGCAACCGUAAGGCUUCUUUCCUGGAAGUCUUGACCGGGGCACAACGCUUGCAGAAGAAGUUUUGA